AUGACUUCCGAAUCGUCGUCGCACCCCGUGUACACGCUGCGCUGGGGCAUCCUCGCGUGCGGAUGGAUCAGUCGCAUGUUCGUGACCGACCUCUUGUCGGACCCCUCGACGCGAGACGUGAACGAUGUCAAGCAUUCGAUCUACGCCGUUGCUUCGAGGGAUAUCAAGAAGGUUCAGCCUUUUUUGGAUCAGUGCUGGGAGGAGGCCAAAGCUCAGGAGGGCAAGGACGAGGUCAAGCAGUAUGGCAGUUAUGACGAGCUGUGCGCCGAUAGGGUCAGUCUCAACCAGGCCGCCGGUGGGGAUUGUCCGCCGAGGGCAAGCACUAAGUCCUUCUCCGCCCGCUAGAGCAUCGACUGCAUCUACAUCGGUACACCCCACUCGCACCACUUUCAGAAUGCCUAUGCGGCCCUCAGUGCGGGCAAAAACGUCCUGUCCGUUUCUUGGCUCCCCGUGCAGCCCCACACCGAUCGACCGCCGGAAAUCGCCGAAACUGACCCCUCCCCUCUCCACGCGCGUGUUGUCCAGUUGCGAAAAGCCCUUCACUAUCAAUGCCGCCCAAACCCAAAUCCUGGUCGACUUGGCCCGCUCCAAGAAACUCUUCCUGAUGGAAGCCGUGAGUGCAUCAAUCACCUCGUGAAGAGCUACAACCGGUCAUUCUCUGACAAAACUUCGCAUGGCCUCCGCUGCCUCUCAGGUCUGGACCCGUUUCCAACCUGUUUCCCUCAAGCUCCAAUCCCUCAUCUCAUCCUCCGUAAUCGGCCCCAUCCAAACCGCCCAAGCCGAACUCAACGUCAACUUUGCCCCUAUGGCCCCCAUAAACCCAGAGCAUCGUAUCUUCAACCCCGUCCUCGGCGGAGGUGCGCUCCUCGAUCUCGGACCUUAUCCCUGGACCCAAUUGGCCCUCACAAUGCUUCCUCUUGGUCCUCAACCCAAGAGCCUGGAGGACCCGCUGGAAAUGCUCGAUGUUCAAUCCAACAUGAUCAAGUUGCCCUCCACCGGAGUCGAUGGCACAGUUGUCGCGGCGAUUCAAUUCCCCGUUGUGGACGAACAAGCCCAAGGUGGACAGAGGAAGGUCAUGGGGGUGUUGAUGACGAGUCAGACCUCGCAGACUGCUCCUAGUAGGUGCAAUUUGAUUCAGGGAACGAAGGGGUUCAUUCAAGUCAAUGGGUGAGUCACGCGUGGACACCUAUAUCAAUCGGGAAGACUUUGCCUCCAUCUAAUCACCCGUCCUUUCCGUCUCCAGCCCCGCCUACCGACCCACCUCCCUCACCUACUCAGCUUGGCCCACCGAACAAGCCUACGCCAACUCCGGCAACUCCCCUACCAACCCCUCCAAAACCGAAACUUUCGAAUUCGAGCCUCGCCCCGGUAACAUCCUCGGCUACGCGUGGCAAGCCGAUGAAGUCGCUCGUUGUCUUCGCGACGGGAAGAAAGAGUCGGAGAGGUUGCCGUUGAGGGACACGGUGUUGAUGAUGAAGUUCUUUGAUAAGGUUAGGGAGCAAGGGGCGUUUAGGUAUCCCGAGGAGUUGGAGACGACAGAGAUCAGGGGACAGUAG